UUGUAGCCGACUCUGUUUCUCUAUCAACCAAAUAGCCGAUGUGGGUGGCCGCCACCACCCACUAAAUCGGCCACUAGUAAAGCUGCUGUAGUAGCUCCAGCUGCCCCAAAGACGUCAUGCACCAACCAAGCUUCCCAUCUGCCGUCUUUGGAGGCAGUGCCCACGGAAAAAACUUGACAUCUACACCACUCAUAGACAAUCGCCUUCCAUACACGAAAGCCGUCAAUUAAUAGCCUUGACUGUUCGAAAACAUAUCAAGCAUCGGUACCGAAAUGUCUGCCGCUACCGAACAACAACCAGCCGCUCCUGCCGAUCAAGCCAAGGGCGGCUUCUGGGAUGAGAUGGCAUCGCUCAAGACUCCAGCUUACAAGGAUAUCCAACCCAUUCCCAAGAUUGGUGCUGCUGCUCCCAAAUCGGAGAAAAUCCCUCUGGACGAUGGAAAACCUACCAUCGUAGUUUUCCUUCGCCACUGCGGAUGUCCAUUCGCUGAAAAGGCAUUCAAACAGCUCACCGCGGUAUCCGACAAGCACAAGGAUGUCCACUGCUAUGCUGUGUCCCAUUCAAGCACCGACCACACUGAGAAAUGGGUUCCUCAAGUUGGCGGCAACUGGGCCGUUGAUGUCAUUGUCGAUGUGGAGCGCGAUCUCUACGCACAGUGGGGGUUGGGAGUAGCCAGUGUCUGGCACGUUUUCAACCCGUGGGUAAUUAGCUCGCUGCUCAAGAUGGGCAAGGAAGAGGGUAUUUAUAACAAGCCCACCGAGAGCGGCAACCGUUGGCAGACUAGUGGUAUCUUCGCUGUGGAUGCCAAGGGUGUAGUGCAACUUGCUCAUAUCUCCAAGGCAGCCGACGACAUUGGAGACAUCACUGCUGCAUUAAAGGCCGUGGGCAUUGAGGCGUAAGAGUAAUUAUUCGAGUGGGAAGGGCCUUGAUGCAUGGGAAUACCCAAAUUGACAGCGAAUUAUUGAGAUGGGAAUUGGGAUUAUGAUUUUUACAGCUAGUACGAGAUAUCUAAACAGUAUGAUUCAAAUGUGAACUCGCCUAUGAUUCAUUUUUAUUAUUUAUUUUUAGCCUUAUUGGGCUUCCAAUACGGCUCUACCAGGUUAUUUUGCAGCGUCUAUGUGUACUUAGCAUAUAUAGCUCUUCCGCGCAGUGUGUUACAUAUUACAGGACAGCGAUUAAAAUUUAUGAGAAAUUUCAUCUUAAUUCACAGCCACACUGCCCCUUCGACUGGAUCCAAAUUCCAUUUCUAAUAUGCCGCUUGUC